GACAUUUUUCACUUCCUUUCAAAACAAAGUGUUGAGAGCCGGUGAAAACUUCUCUGCAUGUUUUAUCCGACUAAAUUUUAAGUUUCAAAAUAACCAAACAUGCGUCGACGUGGUAUAGGCAUGGGGGCCAUCAAGAACAAGAAUCUUGCACAGGCAAGAUUUAAAGAUAAAGGUAGUGAGCUAGCUGAAGACCAACUAAACCAGAUGUCCAAACAGCUAGAUGUUUUUAGAACACACCUAGAAGACUUUGCAGCCAAACAUAAAGAUGACAUAAGGAAGGACCCACAAUUUAGGAAACACUUUCAGGAGAUGUGUGCUACUAUUGGCGUGGAUCCACUUGCUUCUGGUAAAGGUUUCUGGGCAGAGAUGUUGGGUGUUGGUGACUUCUAUUACGAACUUGGUGUUCAGAUAGUUGAAGUAUGUUUGGCAACCAGCCAUAGAAAUGGAGGUUUAAUGGACUUGGAAGAAUUAAGACAAAAACUUUUAUCAACAAGAGGUAAAAGAAAACAAGAGAUAAGCAUAGAUGACCUAAUGAGAGCCAUCAAGAAACUGAAGGUGCUAGGUAAUGGUUUUACUGUGAUCCCAGUAGGAGGGAGGUAUCUAGUCCAGUCUGUGCCCGGAGAACUCAGCAUGGACCACACAGCUGUAUUACAAUUAGCAGAGGACACAGGCUAUGUAUCAAUGAGCAUGAUCAGAGAUAGAUUAAAAUGGGGAGAAGAGAGGUCACAUAGAGCUGUAGACUACAUGUUGAAGGAAGGGUUGGCCUGGGUAGAUGACCAAGCUCCACAAGAAAAGCACUUUUGGUUCCCAGCCCUUUUCAGUAACCUGGAUCAAGAAUAAAGACAUUCAUUUUUAUUUUAUGAUCAUUUAAUUAUUGAAUAAAGCACUUUGAAGGAAACCAAGAAAACAGAAUGUUUGAACAUGGUGCAAUGAAGUCUAAAUUUUUAUUCAUUUAAUCUAGUUCUUGGUAUUCAUAAUAUAAUCUGACAAUGUGAAAA